CUCCUCCCUCCCUCCUGCCUCUUUCCUGCCUCUUUCCGUCUCCUUCUCCUUCUCCUUCUUCCCCCCUCCAACAGACCGUCUCUCCUUCAUCUCCACCGAGUACUCGUACUCGCUGUGCUUUUCUCCACGCAAGUUCCCCUCCCCGAAAAUGCCGGAGCUGGAAGAUAUUACCUACUCGCGCGAUGAAUGCGUUGCCGCCGUCCGCGACUACUAUGACUUCCUCUCCAAGAUGUACCACGACGAGUCGGAUGUCCUCAUCCCGCCCGACGGGGGCUGGCCCACAAUUACACAAGACAACCUACGGGGUUUAGGCAAAACCGACGAAGUAAUCUCGCUGCUCCGUUCCCUGCCCUACAUACGCGCGCCCGAGCACACCGUGCUGAAGCUCCAGUCCGCCCCCUUGUGCCAGUUCGCCGACUGGCGACAGGACAGCCAUAAUGUUAGCAUCGGCGCCUCAAAUUGUGAAGUGCUCAAGCACUGUUCGGAAAGUGCUUGGCUGCUCGAGGAUAUCCCCCCUCACGUCGUCAGUCUCACGAGCGGCAACUACGACAAUCCCGUCCUCCUGCUCGACACUGAGCUCGGCGUCGCGUACUGGCCUGGGUGCCCCGCCAAGGUGAAGUGCGAUCCGCCGCGUGAGCUAGUCUCGGAUGAUCCGUACGACUAUGCAGCCGAGAACGAGGCGGAGUGGCGGGCUGACAGCGCGGCAUGGGCCAUCCCUGACUUCUUCGAGGUUUUCAAGGACCAGUUCCGGAAGCUGAACUUCGUCCCGAUAAGCCCGCGGUUGGUGAUGGACGAUUACACACCCGCCACCGGGGACGACGAUGGGAUGGUACCCAUGAUGCAAGACAUCUAUCGCGAGCAUGGUUGGCCUGACCUACAGCGGUACCGCAAGCGCGAGUGUCUGGAAGCUGUGCGUGCAGCGCUAAAGGAGCGAUAUCCCGACUUUUCCUCAGAUCCGAUGGAAGAAGACUAGGAUGGACGACUAGGAUUAACGGUUGUUUGAUACUGCGGCUAUAGUCACCUUCGAGGUAAAAUGGUCAUACGGGACCCGAUGUAAGACUUAUCGUGUUGAUAAGGAAAUAUAAGGGUCUAAUAUAGGGCGGGUGCUACAAGUGAAGAGAAGUACUAUAAGAAAAGGACUAACAAAGAUUUAAGCACUCAUCAUUCUUUGCGGGUGAGUAUUAGAGUACAAUCAACAUUAAGUACGAGUAGAAGCGCUUAAACCAUAAAAACGCCAAGUAAGACUAUUCACAGCAAAUCGACAUAUUAUAACUAUUCAGAAUGAAAACAAGUAUACCGCCUUGGUCAUUAAUAAUAAAACCUCG